GAGCACCGCCCCCAGGCACACUACCUCUUCAGCUCCUCAAGCGCGGGUGCCACUGUUCCCACAGCCGACCGACACUACUUCCUUUCUUUGACCCCCUGCACUGGGUGGCUGAGCCAAGCACUUUGGCUUCUCCUCUGAUCUCUUGCUCUCCUGGCUCUGGGCAGCCGCAGCGGUGCUCCGCAGGUGAGCAGCGCUGCAGCGCGGCGAUCCGGAGAGCUCACCUCGUACAGAACAGUUGCAGCCAGUGGUUGGUUGCCUUAGGAUGAAGAACCCAAUGCUGGAAGCUGCGUCCCUCCUCCUGGAGAAACUGCUCCUUAUUUCCAACUUCAAGCUCUUUAGCGUGAGCGUCCCGGGAGGAGGCACAGGGAAGAACCGUCCCUAUGAAAUCAGCUCUUUCGUCCGGGGCGACGUGUUGGAGGUGUCACGGACCCAUUUUAUCCACUAUGGGAUCUACCUGGGGGAAAACCGUGUCGCCCAUCUAAUGCCUGACAUCCUGUUGGCCCUGACCAAUGACAAGGAACGCACUCAGAAGGUGGUCUCCAACAAGCGUCUCCUCCUGGGAGUCAUUUGCAAGGUGGCUAGCAUCCGUGUGGACACAGUAGAGGACUUUGCCUACGGAGCAGACAUCCUAGUCAAUCACCUAGACGGGACUCUCAAGAAGAAGUCCUUACUCAAUGAGGAGGUGGCACGCAGAGCUGAGCAGCAGUUGGGACUGACUCCAUACAGCCUACUGUGGAACAACUGCGAACACUUUGUGACUUACUGCAGAUAUGGCUCUCGGAUCAGUCCACAGGCUGAGAAGUUCUAUGACACCGUGAAGAUAAUCAUUCGUGAUCAGAGAAGCAGUCUUGCUUCGGCUGUCUUGGGAUUAGCAUCUAUUGUCUACACAGGCCUGGCAUCAUAUAUGACCCUUCCUGCAAUCUGUAUCCCAUUCUGCUUGUGGAUGAUGUCUGGCUAGCUUCCAGUCCACAGGUCAACGUGUAUGUAUUUUGUGUAGAAAUGUGUUUAUAUUUAUAGAGCACAAAACAUUAUAAGCAUUGUUGUUAAAAAUGUGGCCCACAACACUGUGUUCUCGAUAAAAAACAACAACAACAACAAGAAACCAAGUGAUUAAGAAUCAUACCACGUGCUUGCCAUGUAAGCCAAACAAAGUCUUUCUGAGUCCUCUCAGGCAGCUCUGCUGCAGAGCACCACGAGCCCCUGGAAGCGUGUGUCAGCCUGUCAGAAGUCAGCAGCCGGAGGAAGUGGCACCUGAGGUGACAGCCACAGGAGAUUCUGUAGGUUAUUCUUUUCCUCCUGUCAUCAUCCUGCUGUUAGGCUUAUCUGUUGAGAUCACUAACUUUAUUGUAAUGUAUUCUUAUUUAAUGACUGACAUUAAAGUGAAAGUUUCCCCUCAUUUGGAUGAAUAUAUGUUUGAAAAUUAGCUAAAAGGAAACCAAUUAGUCUUUUUAAAAAUUCGCCUUUCUUUAUGUAAUAAUCUAAUCUUAAGUAAGUCAAGAAUAUUAUUUUCAUGUUUUGAGACCAUUGUUGAAAGAGUUUACUGAGAGUGACUGUUCAGAAAGCAGUUACUAGCAAUGGAGAAACAGUGACAGACAGUAGCUAUUUAUAUUUACUUUUGAAUAGCCUGAUACUGUAUUGUUCUUCCUUCCUUUUUGUAUGCCUAUAUGACCAAUUUAAAAGAUGUAAAUGAAUAUAGGAUUGAGAUGAUUCUGGUAUUAGAUAUGCAUAUGUGUCAUAUAAAUACACAAUAUCUGCACUCACAUAGAUUGAUAGGUAAACUAUAUUUCUGGUUGCUUUAUUACACUAGCGCCAUUUAUUAAUGAGGAUCUACAAACAUAAAAUCAAGCCCAGUGUCUUUUCCUGUGCCCUUGAGUCUGUAUGUGAAUAUGUGUAUAGAUAUAUUUGUCACUGGAUAGUUACUUUUAAAGCUAAAUUUACUAAUGUCCUUUUAAAAAAUGUCAGAUUUGCUUUACAGUCAUUUUUCCACUUUUAGUAUCAUUUAUAAACACAAUAGAGGUGUGUCACAGCAGUAUAAAAGCCUAAAUAAGUAGGGCCAAAAAUUUAUUCUGAGAACUAGUAAUGUCAAGCAUUGAAGGUGUGUUUCCUCACUCCACUGGGUCAGAGUGGAGACCUAGCAGUGUUUAAAGCAUGCCUCCAAGACUGUCACGAAAAAUGACCCAUGUUGGAGUCACAUUUCUGGUACUGAACUGUUUUACCAGAGGAGGUACAUGCAACACCUGUACUUAAAAGGUUGAACCAGCAGAUUGAGAGCUCCAGACCUGUGUGGGCUGCAGCACAAUACUGUCUGCUGUCUGUUAACUGUCAAAAGUUACACAGCAGGCAUCGAAGAGAUGACUCCGCACCGAAGAGCUAUUGCUACUCUUGAAGAGGACCAGGAUUUAGUUACCAGCAGCUCCUGGUGGCUUAUAACCUUCUGUAACUCCAAUUCCAGAAGAUUCAACACCCUCUUCUGGCCUCCAUGUGUACAACAUACAUGGUAGACAGACAUACACACACACACACACAAUUAAAAAUAAAACUUAAAAAAAAAUCACAGAAUAGCCAAGCAUGUAAUCACACCCCUUGGGAUGUGGAGGCAGGAAGAUUGGGAGUUCAAGACUAGCCUGCUCACACAGAGGGUUUAAGACUUGUUUGCAUUGCCCAGAGGGGUCGAAGGCCAGCUUGUACUACAUAGGUAGUUCAAGACCAGUCUGGCUACAUGAGACAAAAGAAUCACAGUACAGUGACUCUUAUGGCAGAAAGGAGGAUUUGUUUUAGUCAGUGAGCCAACCUGAACAAAGGAGAGAACAGCGUUUAGUUUAACUGAGGUCUUAUUACCCAGUGUUCUCCUACAACAAAUUUAGUUGGAGUAUAAUGAUAAUUAAACUUUGUUUAAUAUCCAAAUUAAACAUUUAAUUGCUUAAAUGUUUCAUAUCAGUAAAACACUGAAUGGAAAAAAAAUUAAAGAAUAUAGGUGUUCUUUGGGCCUGUUCCAACCACCUAAAUUACCUGAAGUAUCUGUGCAUCUGACAGGCAUUGGUUAGUGCCUUUUUCCUCUUCACCAUGGAAGUUGUUUACAUGAAUUCAUUAUAGCACGCCCCCCUCCAGACAUCAGUAUUGUAGGUAAUAGGAAAUGCUGUUUGAAACUAAAUCUGUGUUCACAGAUAGUGGUUCCUCCUUACCUACUAAGGGGAUUCUUGGGGCUAGAAUUAACAUAAGUAAUCCUGACUUUCUUCAUAUCAUUAGACCAAGACUCAUUUGUCAUUCAUUGGAUGCUCAUUCUGUGCUAAGCACUUAAGUACUGCAACGUCAUGUUCUGGUAUUAUUUUACACUUUUUUGAGACAGGUUCUCACUCAAUGGGUGAGAUUUGCCUAGAAGGAAUUCCCUAAGAGAGCUGUGUGCCUCAGCUUCCCAAGUGCUGGGGUUAAAGGUAUGCUCACCACUCCAGGCCUAAUAUUACUUUUAUCCAGCUAUAACAGCAUGCAUUCACUGUGGUGGGAAAUACAGACAGAAGAGCAAGCAAUUCUGCCUCAGGAGUCAGGCACUUUACUUGAAGGAGGCAAUAAUAACCAGGAAGCUGACCCACUGAGGUAAUUUUGUAACACUGACAUCAUUCUACUCUCUUUGGGAAGAGAGGAAAAGAAGGAAGGAUCUAUUUGGCAAAUGUUACACAACACCAGAAUCAUUGAACUUGUAGAUAAGAGAAUCUCUUUCGUUUUUUUUUUUUUUUCCAUUUGAUAGAAAUAAAGACGUCGGUUAUGGAGGAAACCUUGGGCCAAGCAUUUGUUUCCUAACCUGAGGUGGCAAGUCGUGGAUUUCUCUAGACUUUAUCAGUCAAAGCUUAUAUUAUGAUCCAAGUUCAUGAUAUUAUAGUACUUCUGUUCUGUCUUGUACAGUGAUAGCUAAGUCAUGUCUGGUGAUGUUUUCAUCUCUUGAUGUGUUCUUUGCAUAGAUAGGGGCCACAGGACUUGCUGGGUUUAAGAUGACUUCAUGCAAGUAUCAGGGAGUAGGCUGUGUAUGGAAUGAAAAGAUAUAUGAGAUGUGGCCUAAAAUAUCUGGUCUAAUAGGCACAGUUGCACUGGAGUUUGAGUGAUUGACAUCUUAAUAGAGCUAACUGAAGGCACACAGAGAGAAGGGACUAAUUUUAGCUGAUGAAACCAAAAUCAGGCAGGGGUACUGAGAAUACAAUGAUUGGACAAAUUUGCACAGGACAUUCCACACAUGGGAACGGCAUGGGGAAUGAAUGGAAACUGCCUACAAUAUGCAUCAUGAAUAGCUUGAGGUAUUCUAUGUCAGGUAAAUGCAAGUGGUCUAGGGGCUGCUGAGCAAGGGUGGUGACUAGACAUACAGAAACACAAAGCAAGGCUGAGAUGGUGUAAGUCUUUUGUAGAUCAAGAAGUUUGGACUUUAUGGAUAGGCAGUAGAGAGUUGGGGGAUAGAAAGAUAACUUCCAAGAAUAAAGCAGAAGGGUGGGGCUGGGGCAGGAUAGAGAGACCUGAGAGAUUUAGCGAAGUAAGGUCUUUGUCUGUCAGAUAAGUGUCUAGAUCAGUGGUUCUCAACCUCCCUAGUGCUGCGAUCCUUUAAUGCAGUUCCUCAUGUUGUGGUGACACCCCCCCACACCCCGCAACCAUAAAAUUAUCUUCAUUGCUACUUCACAACUGUAAUUUUGUUACUGUUUUGAGUCAUAAUGCAAAUAUCUGAUAUGUAGGUUAUCUAAUAGGUGACCCCUGUGAAAGACUUGUUAGAUGCCCCAAAGCGUCCUGACCCACAGGUCGAGAAUCACCGGCAUAGAUGGUGAGAUGGCUCAGUGAGGAAGUAUACCUUCUGCAAAGCCUGAUGACCCAAGUUCAAGUAAGGGUCUACACUUGCAAGUCGAGAAAGCAGUAUGUCAGAGAAGUGCCAAACAACUGGAAGCACUUAGAUUUGACUGAUGAACGACUCUGAUGGAGUGUUAGGGAAUAUCAUGUCUCCUUGAUUUUCCUGAGAAGGCGUUGAUUACUGCAAAAUAAAUUAACUUUACAACUGUGCAUACACUCCUAACAUUCACUCGGCUAGGUGUGCUCCUUUCUAAGGACAUGUAAGGAAGUUUGGAUUUGUUGUUUUCAUUUUAUCAGAACCUAUUUCUUACUUCCCUGUUUCCUAUUUCAUAUUGUUUAUGUCCAAGACUAAAAGCUGCUUUUCAGGAACAUGGUAUUACUGUAAUGGCAAUCUUUUGUUAUGGAUAAGAAGCACAUGGGCAGAGAUUUUAUUUUAUAUAAUCUAUCUAGGGUGUUAAUCAACUUAGAUAUUUUAGUUAAACUAAGUUUAUAUUGAUACACAUGUAUUUUGAAUAAAAUCAGUUCUACAUA